GAAGUGGCAGGGCUGCUGCAGUCAGAUCCGGGGAUGGAUGGAGCCGGAGGCGGCGGCGGCGGCGGAGUAGAGGAAUGAUGAGGCUGAGGACUGCGCCGCUUCCCCCUCGGGAGGCCCUGUAGUCGGAGGGGGGCGAGGCGUCGGGCGUGGGGCUCUCCUGCUUCGGGCUCCUGGAGGGAGGAGGGCGAAGAAUCGGGACGUCGGGGCCGGGAGCCCGGCUGGGCUCUGACAGGCCCGCGGACGGGCUCCGAACGAUCUGGAGGGGCCAGACCCGGCCGGGGCUCCCUGAGGGGAACCCGGGACAAUCCCCGAGAGGGUCGGGGGCUCAGCCAGAGACCGGGGUGUGGGUGGGGGAAUUAGACCUUUAGAAAUCCAAGCCGGGAUUUAGGAAAGGAGUGGGCGGGGAACCUCCCCCUUCACAAGCCCCCACUCCCGCUCUGCCCCUGCCCCUUGAGGGGAAGGUGGGGAAGCUUGAGGGGAGGUGGCCCCGCAGGAUCCGAGGAGGUCCCGAGUUCUGAGGUUCAGGACGAGGCUCUGAGUGGGGGUCCCCGACAGGGAGGCGUGCAGGGUUAAGCAUGGCCACCCGGCGUUUAACCGACGCUUUCUUGUUGUUGCGGAACAAUUCCAUCCAAAACCGGCAGCUGUUAGCCGAGCAAGAGCUGGAUGAGACUUCUUGCCUUUUAACCAGCUGUCUCUCCUUACCUGGAAUGCUCUUCCUCCUUACCUCCACUUCCUGGCUUCCCAGGCUUCCUUCAAGAAUCACCUCAAAUCUCCCCUUCCAUAAGAGGUCUUUUCUGGCCCCUUCCCCAUUGCUAGUAUCUUCCCUCUGAGAUUAUCUCCCAUGGACAUUAUCUUGUAGGAAACUAGGAUCCUUUCUUAUCCAGAUGAAGCAAAAUUCACAUUCACCCAUGUGUCUAAGGAGAUCUACAACAUGUGUAACUAUAACAGAGGGAGAGAAAUCAUUCCAAAUUGUAGCAAUGUUCAUUCAAGAAAACAUUUCUUUGAGUGCUUGCUGAUGAUCGUAUGGCAUUGGUGUCAGGCAUCAGCCUAGAUCCAGAAGCAGCAAUUGGUGUAACAAAACGAUUACCUCCCAAAUGGGUUGAUGGAGUAGAUGAAAUACAAUACGAUGUUGGCAGAAUUAAACAGAAGAUGAAAGACUUAGCCAGUCUUCAUGACAAGCAUUUAAAUAGACCUACAUUGGAUGAUAGCAGUGAAGAGGAGCAUGCCAUUGAAAUAACCACACAAGAAAUCACACAGCUCUUUCAUAGAUGUCAGAGAGCAGUGCAGGCCUUGCAGAGCAGAGCACGAAACUGUACUGAACAGGAAGAGCGGGUCCUCCGAAAUGUAGUAUCCUCUUUAGCUCAGUCUCUUCAGGAAUUAUCCACUAAUUUUAGACAUGCACAGUCUGGCUAUCUGAAGCGCAUGAAGAAUCGAGAGGAAAGGUCCCAGCAUUUUUUCGACACAUCAGUUCCACUCAUGGAUGAUGGAGAGGAUAACACUCUUUAUGAUCGGGGUUUUACGGAUGACCAGUUAGUGUUAGUGGAACAAAAUACACUAAUGGUUGAAGAGCGGGAGCGAGAAAUUCGCCAGAUUGUACAGUCUAUUUCUGACCUAAAUGAAAUAUUCAGGGACUUAGGAGCAAUGAUUGUAGAACAAGGGACAGUCCUUGAUAGAAUUGACUAUAAUGUUGAACAAUCCUGUAUCAAAACAGAAGACGGUUUGAAACAGCUUCAAAAGGCAGAACAGUACCAAAAGAAGAAUCGGAAGAUGCUUGUUAUUUUAAUUUUAUUUGUAAUAGUUAUUGUCCUUAUUGUUGUACUAGUUGGUGUAAAGUCUCACUAGGUAACUGUGUGUGUGUAUGUGUAUGUGUAUGUGUAUGUAUGAAUUUUCCCAGUGUGAAUGAGUGGACCUUUAUUUCUGAAAGCUGCCUUUGAAUGUAUAACCCUCAGUGGUACAAGUCUGUGCAAUGUUUCCAUAGAUUCUUUUUCAUGAAUCAUGUUUCAGUGAUAGGAAUGGUUUGGGUUUUUUCCAACAGAGAGUUUCAAGUUAAAUGAUGAUGCUACCAAAUAGAAAUUGAGUUCUGUAUCCAAACAUUCACAGUAUUUUUUUUAAUAGAAAAUAUGAGGAAUCGAAAGUUUACAAGCACAUGCAAAAGCUGUUAAAAUGUAUGUAUAUGCUAUUUUUAGCAGUCAUGUCUGAGUUGCAUGUUGAAAUACAUUUUGCAAUUGAGGUUUGGAGGGGGGUGAUUUUUUUUUUAAUCAUGUGUUUUUAAAGUGAUUUGGUACCAAAAAAUAUGGUUGGAGGUCAAAUGCCUUAAACAGUGGUUUAUAAGUAUUUAACAUCCUCAUUUUCCUCCACAGAUUUUCCAUAUUAAAAUAAAUUGAAACGGUCUUUAAAAAUGUAAAAUUCAUUCUCCUUUAAUGUAAUUUAGUUUCCCAUCAUGGCUAAUAAUAAGAUUAAUAAAGUUUGGAUACUAAGAAAUAAUCAUUGAUAAAAAUACAUUUAGUUGCUCAGUUAAAACAGCUUUAUGUAUUUAAAUGAAUUAGUCUUUGUCCUUCAUUUUAGAAUUUCUGCACUAUAUUUUUUACUGUAAACCAGAUGGUAUUACUAUUUAUAGCUACCCAAGCUAAAAAUUUGAUGCUAUGAAUUAAAUAAUAGUUAAAAGGAAGUUCCUCAGUUAUUAUUAUUCAUUCCAUUUUUUUAUACCAGCUAUAGGAUGGCUUUCAAAUCAGGCUCUCUUUAAUCAAGUAGCAGUUUGGCCCUAUUGAGUUACCAAAGUACAGUUCAACCGCAGAUCAUUAACAGAACAUAUGCUCUCAGUGGUUUAACUUAUUACCUGAGAUGUAGGUCCAUUUUAUAGUACUAAAAAAAUCUUGACUAAAACCUUUUCUUAUCUAUGUGGGGCAGAUUUCUAAAGGAGGACUUCAUAGUUGUACUUAUUUUUGUUGAUAUGGUGCUGUCAAAUACUACUGGAAUUAUAGAACAAUGUGAUGAUGAUGACUUUGGAGAAUUAAAUUCUUCAUAUUCUAAUUGGUCCUGAAAUGACUGUACAAUAUUUAUAUGACCCUUAUUUAUUCUGUACUUAUUUUCUUAAAGGUUUAAUAAUAGUAUAAUUCCAAUAGAGUUGCUUUCUAUUUUGAUUAGCAACAUGAAAUGUUCUCCGUACAAUUGAUUUUGAAGCUGUUUCCAGAAAUUUAAUCUCUGGUUCAGUGUAGUAAUAUCCUAUGUGUGACUAAAUUGUAAAAAUCAAGACAUGUAACAUUAUAACCUUUUGCCUUAGCCACUCCCAUUUCACUCCUGAAUUGUUUAUGGUUAUAGGCAGCCACUCACUAAAUUUUCUUUUGACCAAAGUGACAAUAGAACACAUACUAUACCUGACAUUCCAGGAAAUAGCACCUUUUGAAAUGUGGCCAUGAUUCUUCCAUAAUAGAUAGCUCUUUUGUUGUGGAAGAACUUUAGGUAAGAAAGAUCCCAUUACCCCCAAAUUUGGGGCUUCUUCCAAUUUCUCAAAUAACUAUUCACUCUUUAUACCAGAUUAUUAUGUGUGGUAUUUAAGGUGAACCUAGUUGGAAAUUCUGCUUUUGGACAGGAAGCCAGUUUGAUGGAUAAUUCUCCUAAAAGAUAUAGACCAUGAGAACAGUUCUGGGAAUAGUUGUGGAACUUGUUUCUGUGUAUUCAUCCGUUUCCAUAAAGUGAAAUCACAGUAAUUUUUAAAGAAAAUAGCUCAUUUAAGAAAUAAAAACUAUUUAUUUUCAAUGAGUAGGAUUUUUUUUCUCCAUCAUGGGUUCACGAAAUAAUUAGGAUUUCUCUUUUUAAAAUAUACCUGUUGUGGGAGGGAGGGACAGUCAUUUCCUUUAGACUUUAUGAAAACUAGGAUAAAAACUAGUGUCAACUGUUUCGACUGUCAGGCUUCAGAAAGAUGUAAAUAGUCACAUGGCAGGAAAUAAAUUAGAAUUUGGCCCCAAGAGCUACUGUGUUUCAUUGUAGGCAAAGGAAUUUUUUUCCAGUAUAUCCUGGGCAUCAGAAUACUUUAUAUACUACUAAGUGUGUACUUGAGGAAAGAUUAGUUACAAUUUGGGCAGUAAAAUAAAACUAUCUUGUACUAGUGAAUCAAAAUUAUAUUUUUUUUCCUGUGAUGAGAUCAUCUUCAUUGCCUUUUGACAGCCAUUUUCUGUAUUAAAAUGAGCCAAUCUAGUUUCUAGCUUCCAUGUUGAAGUUGGGCACAAUUGACUGCCACCAAGAAUAAGACAUUUUUUUGCCUAGAAUUGGCCAAUUACUUUUGGUUAGGAUUGAUGACAUAGGUUAUGCUUAUUCAUUGUCCUGUGCCCAGUGAAAGCCUAAUUCAUUGCUUAGGGAAAUUCAUUGGUUUUGUUGACUGUCACUUUGAAAGUUAAAGGAAAAUGGGGGGAGGGGAAACCCAAAUGAUGUUUUGUUUGACUCUUAAUCUAGUGUUGUUACUGAUACUUUCCAUGAUUGUAAAUGAAACUACUGUCCCCUUUUGUGGUGUUGCUGGUUACACCAUGCAUUGUAAAACAGUAUGUUGCUCUAAUUUAACAUAUUUACAUCUUUCUCUACUAAUUGAGAGUCUUUAUUUAUUUGUCUUGACACAAGUGCUUUUGAUGUUUUUAUCCUAGCUAAUGAUUUCUUAAAGGUAAUAAAACCCUUACAACUUGAUUGGUCAGAGAUGACUUUUUUCUUUUGUGCUAAAAUAAAAUAAUUAAGCACUUAAUAUUUCCAAGAUUAAAUUUUUGUCUAUUUUUAUGAAUUUAUCAUUCCUGAGAGAGAUUUUAUACAAUAAAGCAAUCAUAGAGAUUAUGGA